AUGACGCCAGAAGCUACUCGUCCCUGGUCCGAUCCCACCAAGGUGGCGCUCUUUGUCACUUCGUCAACGCCUUUUUCAGACGAAUGGAUCAAGGAACAAUGCAGCAUAGCGGAGCGAUCAGCUGAAUGCUGCGACGGUCUUGAAGAGCGAAUCCGACUCGAACGGAUCCCAGGCGAUUUCGAGGGCUGGACUCCGUUCGAGCUGGCUCGGGAUCAUGUGUUCCCCCAUUUCUUCGAAGAAACUUCGGACUUUGCGUAUGUGUCGUUCGUUGUUCUGGACGACAAAGCACACGACGAUCGGCUGAUGAUGAUUGUCGGCGUCCAUCCAGACUCUUACAAAGGAGCGCAACUCGAAAUUGAAGCCUACCUUGUCAUUCGCAAAGUAGAAGCAAGUCCACGGCUGUGA